UAUUCCCCAGUGGUCGGUGGUACUCAGUGGAAGAGUGAUAUUAUAACACUGAUAAUGCUAUUUUGAAACCUGGAGGAUGGAAAGGUGCAAAAAACUAUCACCAGCAACAGAAGGUGCAGCCUGUGUUGGUGGUGGUAAUUUUGUCCAUCAAAUGAAUAUAUGCGAAAACAUUUCCUCCUUCUGCCCUACAGGUCAGUAUGGUUGCAGUGGAGCAUCAUCAUUCCUCAGGAUUGCCCUACUCGCCCUACCUCAUGGCUGAACCUUUAAGACAAUGGAUGGGCCACCAGCCGCCUCCUCCAUCUCAGUAUCAUUCUCUAGCUGAUGAUUUUCUGAGACUGCAGACACCUCCCGAGUGUCUUCUGGCACCUCUUCCACCUUCUACAGCUGAUGAUUUUCUAAGACCACUUUCCACAGACUGUCCCCUGGGACCUCGCCCAUUUUCUCCAGCUGAUGACUCUCUGAGACUGCAGACACCUCCCGAGUGUCUUCUGGUACCUCUUCCACCUUCUCCAGUUCAUGAUUUUCUGAGACCACAGACCCCUCCAGACGACUGUCCCCUGGGACCUCUACCAUUUUCUCCAGCUCAUGAUUUUCUGAGACUGCAGACACCUCCCGAGUGUCUUCUGGCACCUCUUCCACCUUCUCCAGCUGAUGAUUUUCUGAGACCACAAACCCCUCCAGUUGGCCUCCCCUGGACCACCCUUUUCUCCAGCUGA